AUGAAUUGUUCACUACUAUUGGUUUUAUGCUUAACCAUUCACUUGGCUUAUGGCGCGAGUGUUGAAAAGCGCAAUGUCUUAGACCUUCUCAACCCCUUUAAACACUUCCAAAAGUCUGUCGUAAACGCUGUCCAAAGCGGUGACAAACCGAGUGUAAACUUCCAUCUGUACCUAGUCCAUAAUGUCCGGCUGACGCGGCUAAACUCUGUUAAGUACCAAAACCUAGGCUGCUUAGCCAACCACGCGGAAAGCCUAUGGGGUUUUACUCCGUUUGUGAACACAACCAUAACUCUAUCAAAACACGCAAAAUGUGUUUCCAGUGCUAACAACCAAUUGACUGGUCUAUCGCUGGACUUAAUCAGGCGAGGGUAUCUCAAUUGCACAUUACCGAUAGUAAUGUCUGUUUGGGGCAAGACCAACAUAGUUGAGGUCAAUUUGGGAACCAUAACGUCUGGCAGAUGUGCCGGAGAUUUCCUAUACUGUCUCAAUCACUGGUGCCAACUGCCCGACCACGUGCUCACUAAGUCCGCUCCCAUAGAGUUAACGUGUAAUGGCUAUCAUUACAGACAAACCCCGUUCUCAUACACCGCAGACUUCAAUGGCCAGAAGGAGGUCAUGGGUUUGGCCGACAGCAACCAAAUCAUGUCUUUCGUCAACGCCAACAUAGUUGAGGUCAAUUUGGGAACCAUAACGUCUGGCAGAUGUGCCGGAGAUUUCCUAUACGUGCAGACAAUGUAUACAAAUGACAUUCCCUUAGCCUGUGUUGACUAUUCCCUCUGUAGAGAUGCACACAGGGUUUACUCACAGAGUUAGUGACCACGGUUGACGGGCUGGUGCACGAGUGACGACUCGGCCAC